AACAGAUGGGUAUAAAGUGGCCGGAUGACAACCCAACCUGACGACUUCCUCUCCAGACUCGCACUGACGAACUGGACACCAUGAAGAGCACUAUUACAUGCAUUUUGGUUUUAUUGGCUGUGGCCUGCACUCGAGCUAGAAAUGUUAAUUAUCCAGCCAGUCUACCCGGUAUUUCGUCACCUUCGUUUCCCAGUGGACAGUGGAACACACAGGACGAAAUUGGCCAGGCCAGUUUCGGCUAUGCUUACCCCGGCCAGGCUCGCUCUAAAAGACAAUUACCUGAUUGUGAAACGAACUUUGGAAAUGGUUUUCCUAUUGUUAAUGAAAAAUUCAAUUAUUCAAUGUACACAUCCGAGGAAGAAACGGGCCGCAAUCAAUACCCUUUCAUGGCAGCGUUGCUGAAAUACGACGAGACGUCACGGCGAUACAAGUUGGCCUGCGGUGGAUCGUUGAUUAGCGCCACUAAAAUCCUGACCGCUGCCCAUUGCGUCAUUCAAAACGACACAAUUCCAGCGUUUGACAAAUGGCUGGUCAAACUGGGCGUGCACUUUUUGAACGAAACGGCGGACGAUGCCGAAGUCACAAGCCGAAUCAAUCAGAUAGACAUUCACGAAAACUACGACCAACUCACGAAGUUCCACGACAUCGCCAUUGUGACGCUCGAAUCGCCCGUGAAAUUCACCGACAGAAUUUCGACCGUCUGCCUGCCGAAAGAGUGCCACUCAGUCGCAAACCUACUUUCUUCUGUUUCUACCCGAACCUUGCAAUGGGGAAGCAAGGCGAAAGGAGAAAGAAACUCGGAUGCCCUCCACCACGUACACGCUACGGCGAUGGACAACGAUUACUGUAAUUAUUUGGCCACCAGUUAUUACGGCCACGAAAAACAAAUGAAAGUAGCCGACCAUAUGGUUUGCGCCUUAUCGACUACUGCUGGGGAUUCUUAUCGUCAGAUAUACGAAGGUGGUCCGGUGAUAAUAGAAAAGGACACCAGGAGAAAUGAAGAGUGUCCCUGGCUGCAAUUUGGCAUCAUUGUUCGUAAAGCAGGGCCUAAUCAAUCAGAUAACGAUAUUUACACCAGAUUGACGUCAUUCUGGACCUGGAUCGAUGAUAAGGUGAAUCCGUAGUAAAAACGGAAAUUGGAAAAAUUGUGUCGUGUGUUUGACUGUUUGCUUAUGUUUUUUAUUAGUUGAUAUGGCUGAAAAAAACUUGCGAAAAACUUGUUCAUUUUGGUUUGCAACAGAAUACAAUUAAUUUAGCCAAAA